AUGGGAAAGAGGAAGCGCGGAGGAAAGAAGGGAGGAAAGAAGAAGGGGCAGGCGCCGCCGGUGGUCGAUGACAAUAAGAAGAAGGUGGAGCAGAGCUUCGUCAUGAAGCGCGGCAAGAUCGGCAAGACCCUCCAGUCGCUCCUCGAAGACACACGCCGCGUCAUGCUGCCCCACACCGCCCUCCACCUUCGGGAGCGCAAGAGCAACACGCUGAAGGACUUCAUUCACGUGGCCGGUCCGCUGGGCGUGACCCACUUCAUCAUCUUCUCCGCCACCGACUUUGGGUCGUACAUGCGCAUCGCCCGCGUGCCGCACGGACCCACCCUCACCUUCCGCAUCUCCUCGUAUUCGCUGGUGCGUGACAUUGUGACGCUGCAGCAGAACCCGCACUCUCCCGGAUCGGAGUUCAAGUAUCCGCCUCUCGUGGUGCUGAACAACUUCAAGGGCGCCGAGGAGAACAUCAAGCUCAUGUCGGUCAUCUUCCAGAAGAUGUUCUCGCCCAUCAACAUCAAAAAGAUGAAAGUGGAGGAGUGCAAGCGCGUGGUGCUGUUCGAGUACGACAGCGAGUCGAAGACGGUGCAGUUCCGGCACUACCUGGUCACCUCGCACGCCGUCGGGGUGUCCAAGAGCGUCAAGCGCCUCCUCCAGAAGAAGCUCCCCGACCUCUCCCAGCUCCAGGACAUCUCCCAAUACGUCCUCCGAGGCGCGAAGGCGAGCGAGAGUGAUAUGGAGGACGGGGAGGACACGCACGUGGAGGUGGAGCGACAUAUCAAGAAGAAGAAGAGGGUCAAGCGCCGCUUCACGACCGACGUGCGCACCAAGACGCAGCAGAGCGCGGUGCGGCUGCAGGAGCUCGGGCCGCGCCUCACGCUGUCGCUGGUCAAGGUGCAGGAGGGCUUCUGCGACGGCCAGGUCCUCUACCACCAGUUCGUCACCAAGACGGCCGAGGAGGAGGCCGAGCUCGAGGCCCGCGUCGAGCGGCAGCGCGAGCUCAAGGAGGCCCGGCGCCAGCAGCAGCUCCUCAACCUGGCCAAGAAGGGCAAGCUCCCGCCCGGCAUGGAGGCCCCCAACCUCGACCAGUCCGACCACCACGACGACGGCGAGGCUGAAGAAGAAGACGACGACAACGGCGAUGAAGUCGAUGAUGAAGAAGACGAUGAUGAAGGUGAAGGUAAAGGUGAAGAAGACGAUGAAGGUGAGGAAGAGGGUGAAGAAGGAGAGGAGGAGGAGGAGAAGGAUUAUGGGGAUGAGGGUGAGGAGGACGAGGAGAUUGAGACGCUGAGCAAGAAUGCGAAGAAGGCGAAGAAGCAGCAGAAGGCCAACAAGAAGAGGAAAAUCGAGGAAAAGGAGGAGGUCAAGGACGAAGAAGAAGAAGAUGAAGGUGAAGAGGAGGAGGCGAUGGAGCAGGAGGCGCCCAAGCGGAAGCAGAAGGCGACCCCCAAGUUCUCGGUGAAGGUGCCCGUCUCCAAGACCCUCAAGCGCGAGCUUUCCAACAAGAACAACAAGAGGAGAGGCUGA